UCAAAAUAUACAAAAUGGCGAUGCCCCUGGCUUUACGAUACAAGGAUAAAGUUGUCAUUGUUACUGGAGGUGCUUCGGGAAUUGGUUAUGGGAUUGUCAAAACAUUUGUUCUCAAUGGAUCUAAAGUUGUAUUCUGUGAUGUCCAAGAGUCACUUGGAGCAGCUGUAGAAGGGGAGCUAAAUGCUAUGGGACCUGGUGUUUGUAAGUUUGUCGCGUGUGACGUCAGCAAAGAAGAUCAAGUUGAGAAUGUCAUAAAUACAGCUGUUAAAAACUACAGUAGAAUUGAUUGUUUGGUUAAUAAUGCAGGAAUUCACCCCCCACACAAGUCCAUUGAUGGGUUCUCCUGUGAAGACUUUAGACGCACCUUUGAUAUAAAUGUCUUGGGCUUCUUCUCAGCCUCAAAAUAUGCCUUGCCAUACCUGAGGAAAACACAGGGUAAUAUUAUAAACAACAGCAGCCUAGUCUCAUAUAUAGGUCAACCAGGGGCUGUAACUUAUGCAGCCAGCAAGGGUGCAAUCACAUCUAUGACCAAAGCUUUGGCUAUUGAUGAGGCAAAGUACAACGUACGAGUCAACUCGUUUGCCCCAGGCAAUAUCUGGACACCUCUAUGGGAACAGGCAGCCCUAGCAUCCCCUGACUAUCACACCUGUAGAAAACAUGGAGAAGAUGCGCAGUUAAUUGGAAGAUUUGGCACCGUAGAAGAGUGUGGAUUAGUUUGUUUGUUCCUAGCAGCAGACGCCACCUUCUGCACUGGCAUCAAUAUCAACGUCAGUGGUGGAGCAGAACUGGAUUAUGGGAAUAAAAACAAAGUACGCCCUUCUGAGUAGUUUCCCUUGGAGUUUAUUUUUGUAACAGUUUAAAAUGGUUUAGGUAAACUUUUUUGUAAGUUUAAAAUGGUUUAGGUUAAAUUUUUUUUUAACAGUUUAAAAUGGUUUAGGUAAACUUUUUUUGUAACAGUUUAAAAUGGUUUAGGUAAACUUUUUUUGUAAGUUUAAAAUGGUUUUGGUAAACUUUUUUUGUAACAGUUUAAAAUGGUUUAGGUAAACUUUUUUUGUAACAGUUUUAAAUGGUUUAGCUAAACUUUUUUUUAUCCCUUAUUACAUUAGCUAAUUUGUUUUUACUCGUUAUUUAUACAUUUUUGACUACUAUACAUGCUUGAAAAAAUUUUAUACUGAAUAUUUUUAAAAAUUAUUGUUGUAUUUUUACAAUUGUUUUAAAUCAAAAGUGAUGCUAUUUUGUUUUUACCUUUUGAAUAUUUUCUUGUAGGCUUGUUUUAAAUUUUAAUAUUACAUUUAAUUUACGUCAGGGUUGUUCAUAAUCAGGCAUCUCUUUUGUGGGCACUGCCAAGCUCACUCACCUCCUCCCCUCCCCAUUAAAU